AUGUGUAUGAAGUCCCAGUUAUUCAUUAAGUACGUUCGUGUUUCAGCGUUGCCUACAGAUGUCCAGCAGCUGUUGGUGAUUAAAGAAGAAGUUCCCUGUGAAUGGAACUCCAGCCAGCAGGACCCAGAGUUCCACCACAUAAAGGAGGAACAGGAGGAACUGUGGACCAGUCAGGAGGGAGAGCGGCUUAAUGGGCAGGAGCAAACUGAUAACACAAGGUUCCCAUUCACUGCUGUCCCUGUUAAAAGUGAAGAUGAUGAAGAGACUCCUCCAUCCUCACAGCUUCAUCAGAGCCAAACUGAUGACAACAGAGAGGCAGAGCCUCCAACGAGCAGCUCAGCAAAACAGAUGAAAACAGAAAGUGAUGGAGAGGAGUGUGGAGGACCAGAACUCAACAAGAACCCAGAUCCAAACAGUCACAUAGAACCAAAUGCUGAUGGAAAGGCUUCCGACUCUCCUGAGACUGAAGUUGAUGAGAAUGAUAAUGAGGAUGAGUGGCAGGAACCUUUGUCAGACUCUGGUCCUGAAACUGAAGAUGGUGACAAUGAUAGGAAGAAGACCAGGGCAACUGAAUCAGGUGUAAAUAGUGACGUGCAAUGUAACACUGACAUAAAACCCUUUAGCUGUUCUGAGUGUGGUAAACAAUUUCUCUACAAGCAGUCUCUUCAGAGACACAUGACAUGUCAUUCAGGAAAAAGAUCAUCCAUCCGUUUGGUUAAGCAGAAAUGGUUUAGAAUGAAACAAAAAGUAGAUUCUCAGAUGAGAAAUCACACAGGAGAGAAAUCCUUUGGUUGUGAUGUUUGUGGUAAAAGACUUAAGCAUCAGCAUAAUCUAAAAAUACACAUGAAGCUUCACACAGGAGAGAAGCCAUUUGGUUGUGAUGUUUGUGGACAAAGAUUUUCCCGAAACACAUACCUUGAGGCACACAUUAGAGUUCACACUGGAGAGAAACCGUUUGGUUGUGAUGUGUGUGGACAGAGAUUUACCCGAAACACGUAUCUUGAAGCACAUAUGACAAUUCACACAGGAGAAAAAACAUUUAGUUGUCACAUAUGUAAAAAAGGAUUCCGACAUCAGUACAAUCUUAAUAGACACAUGAGCGUCCACACAGGAGAGAAACCUUUUAGUUGUAACAUUUGUGAAAAAAAUUUUAGACAUCAGUAUAAUCUUGAUAGACACACAAGAGUCCACACUGGAGAGAAACCGUAUGGUUGUGGUGUUUGUAAUAAAAGAUUUUCACAGCCAGCAGAUCUGAAGAGACAUAAAAGUGUCCACACAGGAGAGAAACCAUUUAGUUGUGGUAUUUGUGGGAAAAAAUGUAACCAAAAGAUACAUAUUAAAAAACAUAUGCAAAUCCACACAGGAGAGAAACCAUUUAGUUGUAGUAUUUGUGGCAAAAGAUUUAGCCAGAAGAUACAUAUUAAAAAACAUGUAAAAAUCCACACAGGAGAGAAACCAUAUGGUUGUGGCAUUUGUAGUAAAAGAUUUUCUCACCCAGGCGAUCUGAAGAGCCACAGGAGAGUCCAUACAAGAGACAAUCCAUUCAACUGUAGCGUUUGUGGUAAAAGAUUUCUGUGGAAGACCAAUUUUAAAACUCACAUGAGAAUCCACACAGGAGAGAAACCAUUUGGUUGUAGUGUUUGUAGUGAAAGCUUUAACCGAGAGGGAAAUCUAAGGAGACACAUGAGAAUCCAUGUAAGAGAAAAACUGUUUGACUGUGGUGACAGUGUUGCAUCGCAGGGAACUCUGGAGGGACAUGCCGGGGCUGUUGCUCUGCCACCUACCAUCCCACUAUCCCCAGCUAAACUGGAAGUUACCAGGGUUUAAAAUGCCGCUGACCUUAUUCUCAAAUCUGCAGUAGAGAUCACUGUCUAAGCCACCCUAUGUAAGUGUGUCAGAGAACUGCAUUGAUAUGUCAUACCCUGGGUGAAAGUAAGCUAUUCUUCCCAGCUGGCACUGGGGCAGAGGAGAUGUUAUCAUGUCAACUGUUACUGUUGUAAUCUGCAAUUUUUCCACAGUUGUUCAUAUUUUGCAUACUGUUGUACAGUUAGUAAUACAAGAAACGGAUUAUGCUGUGAAUGAUGUUGUGUGCACGAUUGGGACCAUGGUUGACAACAAUCGGUUGACUUGAUGCAACAUGGAUCAUGAAUUUAUUUACAUCAAUAAAUCACAAUUAAAGAGAAA